AUCUAAAAAAAGCAUGUGAUCAAUUCAUCAAUCACUAUCCCUCUUCCCCCACAACCUCCUUUAAAGGCCCCCCCCUAGGCCUUUGGCCCCCUCCAACUCGAGCACAGCUCUACGUACACUUCUUUUGUUUCAGCCUCGCCCAUUCUAUCAUCGAUGAAGAUCUUCUUCGAUUGGAUGCAUCGCAAGUUGCAGCCUGUGGUCGCCAAUUACUCCCAAUUCCCUCAAAGAAAAGAUGAAGAGAUUGAGAAGAUGGAGGGAGUGGUGGUGGAGGAGAAAGAAGCCCUUCUCCUCCACGACAUGCUCCGUGGCAUCCUAGCCAUUGGCACACUCGGCCAAUUUGAAGAUCCCUUCCUUUUGGAACCACCCUACGAUAUUGAAGAACCUGUUCAGCAACAAGAAGAAGUAGCCGCACCGGCUGUAAAACCAGUGCAGCUGGUGAACAACAAAGAAGAAGACCAAAAGGCCGCAACACUUAAUGAAGUAGAGGCAAAGUUGUUGCGAGAAGAUUGGCCUUUGCUGAGGGAAGACAAAGAAGGGAGAGAGCGUGGCCGGACGACCCUGGCCAACCUCUUCGCGGCCGAUCCAAUGGCAAAGGAGGAAUGCAACAACAACAGUGGCAUCGAGCAAUUGCACCAGGUCAAGAAGAAGAAGACACGAGACCCCAUCAAAUCCUGCACUAACAGCAGCAACAAGAACAACAAGCUACAGAAACUGAUGACGAGACUGCUGAAGAAGAAGAAGAUUCACCCAGAGAACCUUAAUAUGGGAGGAGAGGCAGGUGUCCAAAGGAGCAGCUUGGUCUACUGAUAUGGAGCAAUUAUUUUGGCUACCAGCGUUGUACUUUAGUGUGUUUUAUGAUACAUAUGAAUGUGUAAUAAUAAACUUGUCUUAAUUACUAUUCUGUACGUGUAUGUUUUGCUUAAUUACAUAAGGCAAUUAAUAAAUUUUAUUGAGAUUUA